CCCGGAGGGGGUAUCAAUGUCUGAAUGCUUCUUGUUUGUGAUUCUGGUUUCACUGAUGCUCUUCGGCCUUCUUGGAAACACACUGACCCUUCUGGUGGUUUGGCUUCGCCCACACAUGAGAAGCUCCACUGACCUCUACCUGAGCAGCAUGGCUGUUAGUGACCUGCUGAAUCUCCUGCUGCUGCCUCUGGAUAUAUAUAAGCUCAUGAUAGGGUUAGGAGUCUUCGCCUGUAAGCUGACCUCAUUCCUCUCAGAGUGCUGCUACUACUGCACCAUCCUCCACAUCACCUUUCUCUCUCUGGAGAGGUACCUGGCUGUCUGCUGGCCAAUCACCUCCAAGACGCUGGUGACACAUCGCAGAACCAGGGCUGUGAUUGGCUGCCUCUGGCUGGGAGCGGCUGUCAGUGCAGCCCCAUUGUUGGUCAUGAUUGAAGUGGAACAUGAGAGAAAGGAGGAUGAAAUCGGAAUUUGCAUAUUAUCAGAGUACUCACACUCCUCUGGCCUCAUGUUGGUCGCGUUCAUUAUCUACAACCUGUACUUCCUGGUACCCCUGUGCAUCCUGGGACUGGUCUUCAUCCUGAUUGGACGGACCCUGAGGCUCCGUCCACAAAGCAGCCUUAAAGACAAGAGUCACCAACACACAGUCAAGAUGCUGGGAGUGAUCUUCUUGGCCUUCGUCCUGUGCUGGCUGCCCUACAUCGUCUGUCAGACCAUGUUGUAUGUUGCUUUCACAGCCGGUCUUGACAGUGCACACAACAUACUGACUAAUACAUUCAUGUUUUGUUUCGUGAUCGCCUGGGCCCUCUCCCGUCUCAGCUCUGGCAUCAACCCUCUGGUGUACUACAUGAUGUCCGCCAGGUACAGACAAGCUGUGCGUAGCCUCGUGCGCCUGCAGUGUCUCACACCGUCUCACGGACUGAGCACAACGCUCUCAUCAGGACACUCCACAACCACACUGCUAACAGACAGCUAACCCUGCUAACAGACA